AUGAACCUAUAACUUUUGGUUUGGGACUUUAAAUACCGUGUGGCGCUCUACUUGGGUACAUUUAAACAAGAACAGUGUGGCGCAACUCCAUAGAAAAGAGAAGGCAAACGCAACCCUAACUAUUUAAGGACACUCUAAAUCCUGGGAUUUGGCCAUAAAGCAUAUUGUUUAUUUUUAUUUACACCUCUUGUUGGAUUUUGAUAAAACAAUGUCAAACGUCCUGUUAUUAAGCAGCGCCAUGGAGUGCUUGUCCACACGGAGGACCUUUCCUCUUCAAGCACGCACGGGCGUCUGCCGUAAUCUUUUUGGACCGGUGGAUCACGACGAACUGAACCGGGAGAUGAAAUCCAAGAUGCGGGAGAUUUCGGAUAGGGACCAGCGGAGAUGGAACUUUAAUUUCGAGGCCGACGUGCCACUGUCUGGGGACUAUGUGUGGGAGGAAACCCCGGUGGAAACGAGCCCUGUAUUCUACCAGGACUCUGUACAGGUCGGGAGGACGAGGAUUGUUGUAACACCGGUCAAUGUGAAGCUAGACGUUGACUUUAUCCUACUGGACUCAUCUUCUCAGGAUGUAUCGCCUCUUUGUGAUGACCGCUUGACCAGCUCCGAAAGUAGCACUCUAUGCCUCACCGAAGUCAACCAGGAGAACUGCGCAGUGAAGCUGAACUCGGGGAGGCCUACUCCUAAACAAGUCCCGUGCGUUCGAUGCAAAAGAACGGCUACUACUGAUACGACGACAACGACACAUCUUACAGACUUCUACGUGAGACGAAAAAGGUUGACGACCGAAACGAAGCUAAAUGAAAGUACUUCCCAGCAUCCUUCGUCUCAACUUCCUGUAGAACAAACUCCACGCAAGAGAAUUCGUUGAAGGAGUUUGCACAAUCCUUUCCCCUAUAGGCAUACCGUCCGACUUGAAAACGAGACUGAAAACAAGGGAAGGAGAACACGCCUGCUCGACCGUUCAUCAGCUUGGUGUGUCUCAGACAAAAUGUAGCAUUCAUGGUUGCUCUGCAUACAGCCACUUGACAGUGUUAAAUGUGCAAUCCUAACCUAUUUUAAUUUGUCUACACUGGCCAAAGUGUACAGCUUUAUAAAGACAUUAUACAUGUUUAUUUCUGUGAUAUAUCUGGGUUGUGUAUAUAUAGGCUAUAUUUUUAAAGACUAUUCUAACUUAUAAUUUAUUUAUGUUUCUUUAUAUUUGCAAAAACCUUUUUGAUUUAGCCAAAGGACAACUUUUUAUUUUAUAUAAAACGUUUUUUUUUGUGAUGUUUUGCAACCAUGUAGCUUUUUAUAGCACACUUAAAAAGUCGAUUUCAUAGUGCUUCUGAGACAUGUUCUAUAUCAUUGCCCUGAUUUUCUGUUUGGCAAAAGAUGCAAACUAAAUAUUUUAAUUGAAAUGUAAUUAUUUGUUUGUUUUUAUCGCCUCAGAAUAUUUUACAGGAAGGGUCAGUUUUAUAGUGUGAAUUAUCCCACCUUUUUGUAAAGUGUUAACAAACGCUUACAGCCGUAUAGACACCCCUGCCAUAGCCUACGUCACCUCAUAGCUCAGCCAACACAAGAAAAACAUGAUUUGCGCCGCCCACUCUGUUUUGCCAUCAAAUAGCCUACCCCUUUCCCUGCGAUGAAAAUGUAUAGCAAUUUCUGAUUACAAACUAAUUAAGCAAUUAACGAUACAAUUUAAUCUAAAUGGGAAACCCCACAGCCUAAUAACGUUCCUUGCAUAACAUCCUUCAACGUCAACUUUAGGUUAUUGCUGGAUGCAAAACAAAGUUGUCCUUGGUUUUUGAUUAAAUAACUAGAAUAAGAGACUGGGGAGAAAAGUAUAGGCUUAGUUGAAAUUGUAUUGGGAUGGCACAUUCAAACAUGCAGCAUGGCAGCUGCGGGAUAUAGUCUGGAAUUUAAAGGUCCUUUUGCUUCUAAAGGACGGCAGCAGCUGCCUUUUGGAACCCGCUUUGUCCACAUGGACACCCCCACAUUCAACCGCACUCAACAACUCGUCUAAAGAACCUCUCGCCCACACUGUUUACUCCACUGUGCCACACCACCUCGGCGGUGGAGGCCACCUGCCAGAGUAAGAGGAAAAUAAGAAAAAACGACUAGUCUUUGUAAUUGUCCUGGUCCGUUGAAACGAACCAUUCAGUUUGUCAUACUUACAAGUUCACCCUUAAUUGAAAGAAAGCAAACCACGCACUCGGCAUGCUCAUGCGCUAUAGGACUUUGCUAGACGCAUAGGCCUAUACCCCCUUCAUAACGCUGACAAAAGCCCCUAUCAGUGGCUUAGCCAAUAGUCUGAACAAUUUGAAGACUUUUGAUGGCGAGAAUGACUUUGCCAGCUCCAAGCAGACACGUGUGUCUCGGACGGCCUUGUUCUAAUUUCCAACACAAAGAGCUCCCAUCUCCAUUCUUUCCUUUUUGUUGCCAUCUGGCAAAUCCAUGUAGACAUAGCCAAGACCAAUUAAUUCAGCCACAUAAUGUCCAGCAUUGGAGAACAAAAUAAACGUUGUUUGCCUCUAUUCAUACAAACGGCUGUAAAUAUAUAUAAUUAAACCAUGGCGGUAUCCAGCUAAUUACAGCCCAUAUGUCCACAGGGAGCAGCGGGGUUGUUCAAUAAACUGGCAAUACUGAUGACAUUUGUGGAGUUAUACAUCUCUUCAUAGGAUUUUGGGUCAUAGGCCUAUUGCUUUCCAAUGUGAAAUAAAAACAUUCUUCACAUUUUGAAAAAUAAAAUGUUAACUAAUAA